UACAAUGCAUAUAUGGUACAAAGUUUAUGAUUUCAAUUUUUACUAUAUAAAUAUAUAAUUCAAAAUUCAAAUAUCAAACGAUUUCUCUGCCAAAUGUGAUGUUUCUUCAAUAAUACUAUAGUAUUACUCUAUGGUUUGUUCCAACUUUAAACUUCUAUAGUGGCUGUUAAUUCUAUUAAUAUUAUUUUGCAUGUUUACAUUAUGAAGGUAGUAGUUCAACGUGUUUUAAGAGCUAAAGUUUCAGUUGAUGGACGUGAAGUUAAUUCAAUAACUAAAGGCUUAUGUUUGUUGGUCGGUUUGCAAAAAACUGAUCAAAAAAAUGAUAUUGAUGAUAUGGUGCAGAAGAUAUUAAAGCUACGUCUUUUUAAUCAAGAUGAAAAAAAAUGGCAUUGUAAUGUAAUGGACAUGAGUUAUGAAAUAUUGUCAAUUAGUCAAUUUACUCUAUGCUAUAAGCUUAAAGGAAACAAAUUAGAUUUUCAUAUGGCAAUGCCUGGAGGCCUUGCGUUACAAAAUUAUCAAUAUUUUUUAGAGACUUUGCGUAAACAUUACAAUCCAAGUAAAAUUAAAGAUGGAGCAUUCGGGGAAAUGAUGGAAGUUGAAAUAGUGAAUGAUGGACCAGUGACUGUUCAAUUGGAAUUUCCCAAUCCUGAAAAAUUUCUUGAUGGAAAAUCUGAAAAAUUAGGAGAUAUGGAUAAAGUAUAGAUUAAAAAUUUCGAAAAAACUGCGAAUUAUUUAAUACGAUAGUGCCAAAGUGGUAUCAUUGUAUCAAACAUGUGGCCCACGUGCUCGUACGGCUGGCGAACGGGUUUCAGUGUAGCUCGCAAUAAACGUCAUAUUUUGUUUCUUCAACAUUGUAAAAUUUUUAAAUAAAGUUAAUAACUAUUGUACAAAAUAUCAAUAUGUACAUUUUUAUUAUACCUAGUAUUAAAUACGGUUAUAUUAUA